UCACAACUAAUCUUACUAGCCUGUUGUAAACUCUUUCCACAGCAAUCCGUACAGUGGCAGAUUUUAAUCGGUAAUCACAUCUGUAGAUUGAAAACACCAACAUGGCUGCAUGGAGAACUGUUGGACUUAACUACAUCAACUACUCCAACAUCGCUGCACGUUUGCUGCGAAAGGCACUGAGGCCGGAUCUGAGAGUUCAGGCCGCCCGACGGGAUGAUUCGCACAUCAAAUUCACCAAAUGGCAGGGUGGCAAACCGGAGAAUGAAAAAUAAGUUAUCUACCCUGUUAUAGUUUUGUGUAUUCGUCAGGUUAUAAACGAGUAAACUCAAAGAUGCGCCAUCAAAACUGGAAGGAGACAUUUAAAAUUAGUAGUUUAAACAAAUAAAUGAUCUUAAAAUAGCACACUGCUAAUUCACGUCUCAA